AUGAAUCCAAAUUCAAAGAUUAGAAGAAGUGGUGGUAGUGAUAGAAGUAGCUGUGAUGGUGUAAUUGAUAAGACAGAUUUAGAUCAGAUGACUAUCGAUGAUAAUAUUGCUAGUGGUGAUGAGGAACAUGCCAACCAUCAUAAUAAUAAUCAACAUUAUGAGAAUGGUAUCUAUAUGCCAGCAGCAUCGAACCUUCCACCACUCAAUUUCUCAUCGGAAUCAAGAAACAAAAAGGCAUCGAUGACGUCAUCACUGAAAAACAUGAUCGGACCAUACGUUAUCGGUGAAAUGAUAGGUAAAGGUGGAUUCGCCACCGUAUUCAAAGGUCUCAACAGUAUAUCCGGUGACUUUGUAGCAAUCAAGCGUUUCGAUAAAUCAAAGAUAUCAAAAGAGCAACUUACAAGUGUUAUGGUGGAAUUGGAUUUCUUGAAGAAAUUUGAACACGAUAAUAUUGUUAGUGUACUGGGUAAAGAUGAGAACGAUACCUAUAUCUAUUUGAUAUUGGAGUAUAUGGAGAAUGGAUCACUCUCGAGCAUUAUGAAUCAGUUUGGUACUUUUCCAGAGUCGUUGGUAUCCAACUAUAUAGAGCACGUUCUCAAUGGGCUGAUCUAUUUGCACAGCGAGAAUAUCAUACAUCGUGAUAUUAAAGCAGCGAAUAUUCUGAUAAACAAGGUUGGUGAUGCGAAACUAGCGGAUUUCAAUGUGGCUGCACAACUGGGUGAGUCGGACAAGCGUUACUCUGUCGUGGGAACACCCUAUUGGAUGGCACCGGAAGUGAUCGACAUCAGUGGCCACUGUCAAGUCUCUGACAUAUGGUCGGUCGGUUGCACCAUCAUCGAACUCCUAACCGGUUCGCCUCCCUACUACAACCACAACCCAAUGGCAGCGAUGUUUAGAAUUGUACAAGAUGUAAAACCACCAUACCCAAAGAAUAUUACAACAGAAUUAAAUGAGUUUUUAGAUAGAUGUUUUGUGAAAUCAGUUGAAGAAAGAGCUUCUGCAAAGGAAUUAAUUAAUCAUCGUUGGAUUGCAAAGUACAAGUCGAAUAGAGCAUCGGUGAAUCCUAGAGCAUCGAAUGUGAUGGAUCAUAUUUCAAAGACGAUCAGUGCAUUCAAUUCAAAGAGCGGAGAUGCAUCCGGUAGUAGUAAUAACAAUAGUCCAAUGAGUUCGUCACCAAACGUUCAUCAUUCCUAUCUGGAGAAUGUAAAUGAACAUCAUUUCACAUCGGAUGACGAUGAGAAAUCAAAUACAAUAGCAAUUAGACCAUCAUCUACCAAUUCCUCUUUAACACAAGAUUCAGAAGAAUUGAGGAAAUUAACCAUGGAGAAUAAUUUAUUAAAACAAAGAAUAAAAGAACUGGAAAAAGAAUCAAAUAAGGAAAAGGAUAGAGCAGAUGAAUACGAGAGAAAAUAUAAAGAGAUUCUGCUAAGUUCAAUGCAUUACAUGUAUAUAAUCGAUAGUUCUAUGAACAUUGGUCAGAAUGGAUCAGUCAAUUUACAAAACAUCUCACAGGAAGUCUCUCAACUGAGGAAUGCCAUGAGAGAUCAAAUCGAAUCAGAAUAUUAUCAAGCUUAUCCAAAUUAUAAUUUAGUACCAAGAUUUAUUGAAAGAAGAAUGACAAGAGAUACAUUAAUUAAUUUACCAAAGAAAUCAAUUGAAACACAAAAGAAAGAGAAAAAGAAAGCAGAGAAGAAGGAAAAAGAGAAACUCGAAAAAGAAAAGAAAGAAAAAGAGAGAUUGGAAAAGAUUAGUCAUGAGAAAAAGAAAUCUGGAUCAACUUUUAAUAUUUCACCGGAAUUUAAACCAGAGAAUACAUCUACACCUAACCUUCUGAGUCUACAUCGAAAUACCAGUUCAGGUGGUGACAAAACAGCACAUAAGAGAAUACCAUCAAAGAAUCAAUUGAUCAAUCAGGAGUUAUCACAUGUACUAUCACAACAAAAUUUCAAAUUAAACAAUAUAAAUAGUGUUCAUAAAUGA